AUGAAGUUCUUCUUCCCCCUCCUCGCCAGCGCUGCGCUCGUGAUUACCAUGGUCUGCGGCUCGCCCAUGAUGCGUCAAGAGGAGAGCGGCACCGAUGUGUCGUCGUGCAGUACCGUCACCAUCAAGUCGUUGACCGUCCCCGCUGGUGUCACGCUGGACUUGAGCGACCUCAAGUCGGGCGCUAGCGUCGUCUUCUCCGGCACCACCACGUUUGGUGAAAAGAUAUGGUCGGGACCCCUUGUGCUUCUCACUGGUACGGACCUCACGGUGAGCGGAACGGGAACUCUAGACGGCCAGGGCGCCUGGUACUGGAAGCAGGGCACGUCUAUCACUCGCCCCGUCUUCUUCCGCAUGAGCAAGGUCAUCUCGUCCACGGUCAAGGGCUUCAAGAUCAAGAACUCGCCCUACCGCACCUUUAGCAUUAUCAACUCGCAGCCCACGACUGUGAGCGGCCUCACGCUCGACUCGAGUGCGGGUGACGACACUGCUAAGAACACGGACGGCUUCGACCUGAGCAAGAACACGGACGUCACGAUCUCAGGCAACACCAUCUACAACCAGGACGACUGCCUCGCCAUGCAGUCCAGCACCAACACGGUCUUCUCCAGCAACACCUGCAGUGGCGGACACGGCAUCUCUAUCGGCUCCAUCGGUGGGUCCUCCGUCAGCUCUUCGGACACGGUCUCGGGUCUGACGGUCAAGAACAACAAGAUCAUCAACAGCGUCAACGGUAUCCGCAUCAAGACCAUCAUCGACGACUACGGAACGGUGGAGGACGUGACGUACACGAGCAACACGCUGUCGAACGUCGAGAACGCCAUCGUGAUCCACGGCGACUACAGCAAGUCCAAGGGCGGGUACACCGGCACGGCCAGCAGCAAGGUGACGAUCAAGGAUAUUACAUCAACGGUGUACGACAUCCUGGUGAACUCCAAGUAUGCUUCGGGCUGGACGUUUUCGGGUAUCGACGUGUCGGGCUCCACGGGAAGCUGCAGCGGCGAGCCCAGCGGCGUCUCGUGCUAA